CACAUUAAUGCACGACCUGCCUUGUCCUUCAGUGUGCCUGAAGUAUUUCUGACUAACAACUUUAAAAAAAAUGAAUCCACUAACUGUCCCAUGAGCUAUACUUCCGCCAUAUUGCGACGUCAUGGACUAAUCCCUCCCAGGAGUGUGUGGGCUGAAUUGGUGCGGAGUCAUGAAAGUGUUUGUAAACAACUCAGUCAGAAGGUAACUUAUUGACAGCACUACUAUUAGCAUCUCUGCCACGUACUCAAGAGUGUCUGCAAAUGGCGAAGCAAACUGGAGUCGGACCGCUGCUACCACAUAUCCCUGAGUGUCAACACAUCCUCCAAAGUGUCCCUAAUCUUGGGAUAUGAAGGGUGUUUGAGCUCACGCUUCCUCAAUGUCUUUAAGCCAACAGGAUGACACAGCUGUAACACCAGCGACCAAUUCAGAGCUGUUUCAUUAGCUACUGCUGAGCAUUCUGGUCACAGAGCAUCCAAAUCCCUUUCAUUAUCUGUGCGCAGCUCACCUGUUGACUUAAGAUGCCUUGGCCAUUUUCUGAGUCUAUCAAGAAGAGGGCAUGCAGGUACCUCUUGCAUCGGUACCUCGGGAACUUUCUACAGGAGAAGCUGAGCCUGGAUCAGCUCAGUUUAGACCUCUAUCAAGGCACUGGGUCACUUGCACAAGUGCCACUGGAUAAAUGGUCACUCAAUGAACUCCUUGAAACAGCAGAUGCCCCUUUUGAGGUAAUCGCAGGGUUUAUCCAGACAAUUUCUCUAACGGUCCCAUGGGCAGCCCUGCUGCAAGAAAACUGUGCCCUCGAGGUCAAGGGUUUGGAGAUGGUGCUCAGACCAAGACCAAGAGUUGCAUCUGGUACAGAGCCCAUGUACUGGUCCAGUUUCAUGACGAGUAGCAUGCAGCUUGCCAAAGAAUGUCUGAGCCAGAAACUCACUGAUGAUAUGGGGGAGAGCUUCCAGCCUUUUGAGGGUUUAGAGAAGUUUGCAGAGACUAUAGAGACAGUUCUGAGAAGAGUAAAAGUGACAUUUUUGGAUACUGUUCUCCGAGUUGAACACAUUCCAGAAAAUUCAAAAACUGGAAUGGCUCUUGAGAUCCGAAUCAGCAAGAUUGUUUACUGUGAUGAGACAGACGAGGAGACUUCGAGUGUGAACGUGCACCAGCCAACCACAUUUGCACAUAAAAACUUGCAGAUGGAAGGCAUCACUUUGUUUUGGGAUGAGUUUUCAGAUGUGUCUCGUGCGGGUUGUAAAUCUUCACCCACUCAAACGGAAACUGAGCCAAAACUCUCGCCAAGCUGGAAUCCCAAAAUAAUUUGUGAGCCUCACCCCCAGUUCACGGAGCCGGUGUCCUCUACGACACCGUUUGAACCUGUGCAGAUUGGGAGCCUCGGUGGUAAAAUCGAGUUGUCCCUCACUCUAAAAAACAACUUAGCUAUGCCUGGAGCAAAGCUGGAUGUUGUUGGACAUAUUGAUACUGUUAUUGUUCUGCUGUCCCCUCGGCAAGUUCAUCUCCUUUUAGACUUGUUUGGAGCUUUCUCUGGUGGAGGUGCACAGGAAUGGGCUAAGGACAGAAAGAGCCGACCCAUGCAGCAGGAGGACGAGUAUCGGCUCCAUAUGGAGCUGAACCGCUGUCUGAAGAAGGACAGCGCUGUGCCAGGAACAGACCCAGACCUCUUCGACAGCCAGACCACCAGAACUGUGUCGAGUCGAGAUGAUGUGUUCUUCUCCAUGGCGGACAUGGACAUGUCUCACAGCCUGUCAUCUCUCCCUCCUCUGGGUGAACCACCCACCGUUGAUCUGGAUUUGUCCCUUAAUAGCAACUACUCUGCCUCUCCUGUAGAAUCCCCAUCUGGAAACCCAACAAAUCUGUGGGAUGAGUACAUGGAUGUACCUCGGCAAAGAGAGAAGCAGACAAGCGAAACUCCAGUCCAGUCCAGAGAUUCACAGAUCCCUCACAAGUUACUGAGACAAACUUCCCAUCCAUCCAAAACACACGGGGAUGAGUCCAGGCCAGAGCUGGUGCUGAAGUUGACUCUCAGUAGCCUGGCUGUCUCAGUCCUCCACAUUGACCCACUGCCACCACCAGAUGCUAGUCCCAGUCCUCUUGGCCCCAUGGCUGCACACUUCUUCAGCAUGGUUGGCCCAGGUCAACUCGCCCCGUCUGCUUUCCUCCAGUCCCGCACAGUGUUCAACCAGGCUUGCCCCCAUGACCAUCUCAGAUUUGUAGGCCAGGGCCUGAAGAUAAACUACGAGCACUGUCAGGGAUCCAGCGUGCGGACGUUCAGCACUGACGUGUCCCUCAACCAGAUGGAGUUUCUGGAGUGCCUGUUCCCCUCUGAGGCUGUCAUUGGAGGCUCCCAAAGAGGCAUUCAAUACACAGAGCUCCUGACAUUUGACACCACAGCCAGUAGUGACGCACCGCUUCCCACCUGCCUUCACCUGCUUUACAAACAGGCUGAGCGCAGAGGCCCUCAGGGAGGCCAAGUGCGCCUCAGCACCAUCCCCAGGAAAGCUGAGAUCCAGGUGGAGCUGGGUCCUGUGCGCUGUGAGCUGGAUAUUAGCAUCGUAGACAGGCUAAACUCGUUGCUACAACCUCAGAAGUUGGCAACCACAGAGCUGAUGGCGUCCCAUUUGUACACAUCCUAUAAUAAACAUGUCAGCUUGCAUAAAGCCUUCACAGAGGUUUUCCUUGAUGACAGCCACACUCCUACCAACUGUCACGUAUCGCUGACUGUCAGCGCCCCGCUGCUGGGCCUUGCAGUGCGCUUCCCCAUCCCAGACCUGCGCUCAGAUCAGGAAAGGGGCCCCUGGUUCAAGAAGUCCCUGCAGAAGGAAGUUCUACACCUGGAGCUGGAGGACCUAGAAAUGAAGACAGAGUUCAUGGGUGGUAGCUCCCCAGACCAAACCAAAAUGGAGCUCACCUUCAGGGAGCUGAUUGGGAAGUUUCAGGAGGAGCCGGAUCAACCAGCCGCAAGGUUCCUCAGAGUGUCUCACACCAUGGACGGAGACAUGACAUCAUCUGAAAGUGUCAAAUUUGAUUGGCCGAGGGUUGUGCUGAAGAUGAACCCCACAGCUGUCCACUCAAUCCUGGAGCGGGUGACAGCUGAAGAUGACGAAGGGGCUGAAGACCAUUCUCUAGAAGAGGAAGAGGAGGAAGGAGCCGCUCAUUCACUGAAGGAUGUGUGUGACUUUGGGAAACCUGAGCCGUCACCCUUUUCUUCAAGAAGGGUGAUGUAUGAGAAUGAAGAGAUGGUUAUACCUGGUGAUGUCGCAGAGAUGACUGAGUUCCAGGAGAAAACCAUGAACAACUCGCGCUUUAUCCUUGAGUUGUGUUUCCCCAAUGUGCAAUUAGUUCUUCCGAGCAAGGCAUUUUAUGAAAAACUCCACAACAGAAUAAACAAUGAUCUGCUGCUGUGGGAGCCCACUGCUCCAUCCCCAGUGGAGACAGUGGAAAGCAUGCCAUAUGGAGUCGGACUCUCUGUCGCCAGUCAGCUGAUCAACACUUACUCUAAAGACAGCUUCAGCCAGUUCCGCUCUACAGGUCCAGAGGAUGAGACCAGCGGCUCCGAGGAGGAGACCAUGCACUAUUACUGUCCUGCGUCUGAUCUGGGCCACAGAUCACGCAAGAAGAAAAAACCCAAAGCCCAGUGCAAGACCUCCCAGAGUUUGUUCUCUGUCAUCCUCAGUGUCAAUCAUGGUCUGGUGUCUCUUCAAACUAAUGCAAAGAAGGAGGAUAAAACUGUUCUGAAAAACAAACAUGGGGAGUUCUGGUUAGAGGUGAAAAACGCUGUGCUGUUCAGCGUGACGCAGUAUGAAGGCUAUAAAGACCAACACUACAUCUGCUUCCACACCAGUAAUGUUUGCAUGUAUCAUCAAGGACUCAUGGAUGGAGGCACCUCUGUCUCAGAAACCAAGUUGCCAUGCAGGACACAUCCCCACUGGUUAGAGCCGACUAUCUACCAAUCAGAGACGUCCCCUGAGAGAUCAUCAACUCCUUCAGAGGGCAUCGGUCUAGAAGCCCGCAGCAUGGUGUCUGUCGCUGUCAAAAUCUCAUCACAGAGCGCAGAACGCAAUGUCAAGGAGUUUCUGGUUGCUGUCGGAGUGAGAGGAGCCACACUCCAGCACAGAGUGGUCCCUCCCAGCUUGGGCUGGUACGACCAGGUUGUUGACUUUCUGAAUGUCUCUGAUGAGCCUGUGUUGGGUUACGCCCCGCCAACGUCUGUUGCUACUCUGCAUUUACACCUGUGGAGCUGCUCUCUAGACUACAGACCUCUUUACCUGCCACUCAGAUCACUGCUGGUUGUAGAGACUUUCAGCAUCUCCAGCAGUGUUUCAUUAGACCACUCGUCCUCAACACUCAGGAUCAUUUUGGACGAAGCGGCUCUCUUCCUCUCAGACAAGAGCAACGCUGUCUCAGUCAAUCUAGCCCAUGACUAUGUCCAAGUGGUUGACAUGGGAACACUGGAGUUAAGGAUUACAGCAGUCAAACCUGGAGUGGAUGGAAAAUUGUCAGAGCCCAGAUUUGAACUGCGCUGCUCCAGCGAUGUUAUCCACAUCAGAACGUGUUCCGACUCCUGCGCUGCGCUCAUGAAUCUCAUCCAGUAUGUAGCCAGCUAUGGAGACUUACUGCCACCUUCAGAACCAGAGACCAAGCACAGCAGCACUGCACAAAGAUCCAAGGUUGAGUUUCCUAGCAGACCCACAUCUCAGACCCCACUGCUUGCUGAGACUGAGCAGCAGAUGCUGCAGGAUCUGAUGAGCGAAGCGAUGGAGGAGACUGACGGGCAGCAUGCACCAGGGCUGCAGCAGAACGGGGCCAAUGAGGAACUAAAUCAAGACCACGACCCACCCCGCUCUGACCUGUUCUUGUUCCCUGAUGAAAGUGGAAAUGUCACACAAGAUUCAAGCCCCACCUAUCCCAUGCUUCACUCUCCUCUCAUCACUCCGGUCCCUACGCUAGCUCAAGAGACGGAUGACUUUUGCAUCCUGGAGACCCCGGGUUCAAGAGGAGAGGAUCUUGAUCAGGAACCAGUGGUUAAGCUGCUUACCUCAGACACUGUUGAAAUCAAAGAUGAUCACUUCAGCCAGCCUCUUUAUGGAAGUGACUCCAGCCGUGGCGCCUUGAACUUUCCCAUCCCAGAGGUACGGUACCUUAUCAAGGAGAUCUCUGUCAUCUGGCACCUCUACGGAGGCAAAGACUUUGGGAGUACGGCUUUCACAGCGUCACCUGCCAGAAGUCGGGGGUCUACACCCCACAGCUCGCCCUCUCAAACACCAGUGAGGCAAGCCAAGACUUCAGGACGCACAGGUGGAGGAAAAGGGAGGAACCCAGACGUCCUGAUGGAGAUACAGCUCAGCAAGCUGAGAUUUCAGCAUGAGGUGUACCCGCAGACCCAGGUUUCUUCUGGGCCGGCGAUGGAUCAGCCCGUGUCCCGGCAGGUGUUUGUCGUGCAGGACUUGGAGAUUCGAGACAGACUGGCUACCUCACAAAUGAACAAAUUCCUGUAUUUGUAUUCAAGCAAGGAAAUGCCCCGGAAAGCUCAUUCCAACAUGUUGACCGUGAAGGCGCUGCACAUGUGUCCUGAGUCAGGCCAGGCGCCACAGGAGUGUUGUCUGCGUGUUUCCCUGAUGCCUCUACGGCUCAAUAUUGAUCAAGAUGCCCUCUUCUUCUUGAAGGAUUUCUUCACUAGUCUUUCUACUGAAGUGGAGUUCUUCUCUCCUCCUGCCCAAGAAGCCGUCUGUGUUUCCACAAAAAAAGUGUCCGUUCCAGAGAUCUCCUGCAGCUUCACGAAGCACACAGGCAGCAGCCAGGACCCGGCCCCGAUCAUCUCAGUUCCGGCUCAGAGACGCCUGAGCCACAAUGGAUUCUCCACAUCAGGCAGGGACGAAGUGAACGACAGUGACGCCUCUGCUGCUCCCUUCACAGACCAGCCGAUCUUCUUUAGGGAGUUUCGAUUUACCUCUGAGGUUCCCAUCCGCUUAGAUUACCAUGGGAAACAUGUUUCAAUGGAGCAGGGAACAUUUGCAGGAAUCAUUAUCGGGUUGACGCAGCUGAAUUGCUCGGAGCUAAAACUGAGGCGCUUGUGCUAUCGACAAGGAUUAUUAGGUGUGGAUAAACUGUUCUCCUAUGCAAUAAACGAGUGGCUUAAUGACAUCAAGAAGAACCAGCUUCCAGGAUUAUUGGGUGGAGUGGGACCGAUCCACUCUCUGGUACAGUUAGUUCAGGGAUUCAGGGAUUUGGUGUGGCUGCCGAUUGAGCAGUACAGGAAGGACGGUCGGAUAGUCCGAGGAUUUCAGCGCGGCACUGCCUCCUUUGGAACUUCCACCGCCAUGGCUGCUCUGGAGCUCACCAACAGGAUGGUGCGGACCAUCCAGGCAGCAGCUGAGACGGCGUACGACAUGGUGUCACCUGUGCCUGACGAGAGAGACAUGAAGAGGAUAAAACGGUUCUCCCAUUAUGGACUGGCUCAUCAGCCUGUGGACCUGAGAGAAGGUGUAGCUAAAGCCUAUACUGUGGUCAAAGAGGGAAUCACAGACACAGCGCUGACCAUCUACGAUACUGCCACCCGGGAACACGAGCAGCGAGGUAUGACUGGCGCAGUGGGUGGAGUCCUCCGCCAGCUGCCACCAGCAGUGGUCAAACCCCUCAUUAUGGCCACUGAAGCCACCUCUAAUGUCCUGGGUGGGAUGAGGAACCAGAUUCAUCCUGAUGCACGGCAGGAGGAGUCUCAGAAAUGGAGGCAGGGCGAGGAGUGAUUCUUGAUGCCAUUUGUUACCUGAAACCAUGACUGUGCAGAAGUAACAGCUGCUGAAAAUGAUGGCAACUUUCCACAGAGCAUUAUUGAAGACAUCUCAGAGGGGCGUUUGAGCCCCGAUGUAAAUACAACACGGUUCAUCUCGUGGCAAUUUGAGCUACUGUGAUUCAGCUUGUGUCAGUUCCCUCACAGUGCCUUCAUGGUUAUCAGCAAUUACCCACUGUACGUUUUAUCAAAGGGAUGUAUGACGAGUGAACCAUAAGAGCCACAUUCUGUCUUAAUGUGGUUGAUGUUCUGUUGUGGAUAGUCAAUGGCAUUCAAAUGUAAAAAUCAUAGCAAUGAAGAAAUAGGCUGCUGUCUCAUGAGGCGCAAACAUUAGCUUUGUUCUCAAACAGCUAUGUUUACAAGUUGUGUGUUGUUGCGUUGUUGCCCUAAGCUAUUUGGUGUCAACACUAAUAUUCUAGUUGUAAUGACCCAUAAUUUAUAUAAACUGCACUGUACGUGGGCCUUGGUAUUGACUGUAAAUAUUCCUAAUGUGUAACAUUUCAUGCAAAUAUAAGAGUACAAGUGUAGAAACUGAAUGUGUGUCCACAGUGUAAAGUUAAGCACUUUUAAGUGACUAGAAGGUUACUUUCUUAAAUGAAUGACAGAUGGGAGAAUCGCCCAAAAUUGUUAUUAAGUUUUGCAAACUUAUUUUGAGCUGUGAUCAAUGUUGUGUGCAUUUUGAUAAAGCUACUGUGGAGAGUAGCUUGGUAAACCUUUUCAAAUGUUUCAUUUUGUCAGUCUGCUGCUCACAUUUUCACCUUGACAGCACAUGAAAUUGUGCUGACUCUAAGUCUUGAAGAAAAGUCUUAAAAUCCUGCGUACGGUUUUUUUUGUGUAUGUUUGAAUAUUGAUAUUAAGCUUGAAGUUGUGUUGCAAACAUUUGAUUUGCUCAUUUUGUUGUGUAUGUGGCCAGGAUAAUAUUUCUUGUACAUAGGUGUACAGUUAAAUUGAGGAAUUUGUAUUAAAGCAUGGAAGGGAAAUAAAAACAGUUAAUUCCAUCUGA